CCGCUGCGUUGAGAGCGGAGGUGUCAGAGCGAGAGCGAGUGUUGUUCCAGUUUAGCUGGUUCUAGCACACGUUGGUCAAGAGGCUGAUCCACACACUGAGUGGAGGUAAUUAUUUACAGUUCUGUGCAGAAAUGGGGGGCUCAGGGACAAAUUCACAAAGCCAGCGCCCCAAGAAGUAGAGUGUCUUAGUAUUUCUACGUUUUAGCAAAGAAAGGAAUUAGUGUUCAUUGACUGCAAGUUCCCUAGUUCUCUUCAUAAUUAGUAUUCUGUCUGCUGUUGGGUAAUGAUCCUCUCACUUCUCAUGUUCAUUAGUCUGCAUGCUCAGUCUCUCCCUUCUUUUAUGUCAAUGGCUUCUGGAGCGCAUGGCCAUGGUCUGCCCCUGCUGGAAUGACCUUUUACCUCACAGGAGGUGAUUCAGCGCAGUUUCUGCAUUGGCUUUAUCAGUUUGUUCCUUUCCUUGGGGCUUCUGCCAAAUGUCCUUGUGUCCCUAAAUCUGCAUUCUUUGUGCCCACCAUCAGUGGUACAUCCUUCUUCCCAAGCCUUGCUAACCUCCCCGGUGUCUGAGGUAGCUGAAGCCUGUCAAGCCCUGCACCCCAACAAGGCAAUCCAGCCAAGAAGUAACCUGCCUUUCAAAGGCCUGGCCAUCACUCGUUGGCUACUUCUUGUUUCAUGGGAAUAACCUCCCUUCUUGUUGAUGGGCCUUGAAAGCCAUCAACAAGGACAAACUUUAAAGAACACAUUUUCCUGACAAAUAUUUUGCAUUUUGCAGACUCUUCAGCAGGACCAGUGGCUGUGUGGGAGCCGGAGCACCCGAGGCAGAGCAGGAUGGCGGAGCUGUGGGCCUGGGCACGAUCCAGAGCGUUCCACAGGGCCCCAGUCUGCACUGCGUCCCGCAGGGCCCCCAAGAGCCCUGCCGUGCCCGUCAGGGUGACCCAGAGGUCCCAGGACCAAGAGCCAAAUGCCAGCAAGGCAUCGCACAAUGGAAGUGCGCAGAAUGUCAACUUGUAUAACCCAGCUGGAGGUUUGCAGACAAAUAGAGAGGCAUGGUCCAAGGAACAGGAAGUGGAGAAAGGCAUUAAAAAUUUGACCUACAUUGAAAGACUGAAGGAGCGUGUCAAGAAAGUGAAAAUACCAGAGCUCAGGAGAGCCCCACACAGCUCUCCAGAUCUUGUGCCUGAGAGGAAGAGAACGAUGCCCAUGAACCCUGCAAAAUACAUCCGGAGACUUUUCAGUGCUGUUUCUCAACGACCCAUCAGAGACAGGGUGAUUCAUUUACUGGCUCUGAAGAAUUACAAGAAGUCAGAGUUACUUACCUGCUUAGAGAGAGAGGGAGUUGUGGAAAAGGACAAGGAGUCCCUUGGAAAGAUCCUUCAGGAGGUAGCCAACCUGGAUGCAAAUGAGAAUUCUUUCAGUCUGAAGGAACAUUUCUUCAAAGACAUUCAUGUUGAUUGGCCUGGCUACAGUGAAAGAGAUAGAAAGACAUUGGAGGUGACCCUUUUUCAAAAAACAGCUCCAUCUCCAAAUGCCACCAGCACCAGCCAGUCACUGUCUCUGGGACCUUCUGAAAGAAAUACUCCACCGAGAACUGCUCAGAAACGGCCUCUGGCUUCUGCCUUUAUCCAUCCUGUGAUGACCAAGAAGCAGAGGAUUGACCAAGAGCCCCAUGGUAUCCAGUCAGCAGCUGGUGGCCACUCUCCUUCUUCCUUGGACCUGCCUUCCACAUCCUGCUCAACUUUGAACCUGGCUCCAAGUGUCAGCUCCAUUUCCACCUCCACCUGUCAGCUCCAAGAGAAAGAUAAAAUUCGGACUCCAUCUGGAAUCCCAGCGCCUGUCAGGGUGCAGCGGAAGAUUCCCAGCUCCAAAGGAGCAAAAGCAGUGGUCAGAGGAGCCCAGCAAAGCAAUUCAGGUCCUGUGCCUGAGAAGAAGAGGAUGAUGUCUGUGAGACUUGCAGACAUUGACUGGAGCGGUUGCGCUGCUGUUUACGGCCGACCCUACAGGGACAGGGUGAUUCAUUUACUUGCUCUGAGGGAUUACAAGGAGCCAGAGUUACUUGCUCGGCUGCAGAGAGAUGGAGUCAGGCAAAAGGACAAGGAUUCCCUUGGAAAAAUCCUUCAGGAGGUUGCUGACGUGAAUGCAAAGGAUAAUUCCUUCAGUCUGAAGGAACAUCUGUUUCCAGCCCUUCAGACUGAUUGGCCUGGCUACAGCAAAACCGAGAGAGCGAAUUUGAAGUUAAUACUUUCUAGAAAAGCAGCUCCAUCUCAGAACCCCACCAGCAGCAGCCAAGCAACAUCUCCAGGGCCUUCUGAGAGAGAUGCUCCAGCAAGACCUGUUCAGAAACGGCCUUGUGCUUCUGGCUUGACCAGUCCUGCGAUGAGCAAGAAGUGGAGGAUUGAGCAGUAGCUCAGUUACCUCCAGGCAGAACCUGGUGGCCACUCUUCUUCCUGGGUGCUGGCUGUGACAUCCCGUUCUACUUCCUACCUGUCUGCAAAUGUCGGCUCCAUUUCCCCUGCACCCUUUAGGUUCAAGAAAGACACAAAUUUCUGAGUUCUACCAUGACAGCACUCGUGUGUUGAAGACUACCAUGUCAAAAAAGAUGUGAAGAGAAUUCGGGAGGCUGAAGCAGUAGUGUCCCUUGGAUCUCCAUGAAGGUACCAAUGUGCAGCUUUUCCUAACUCCAGUGUGGAUAACGAUGGAGUAAAGAUUUGAUGAUUAAGAGAAGCCUCUGCAUGAAUUAAGGGUAGCCCCAGCUACUCUGAGAUGAGGAGCAGAUGCCAGUACCUCCACAAAAAGCUGUCCCACAUUCAGCAAUGAGUAUCUGAAUUUGGCAAGCAGCAAGUGGAGUCCUGGCACCAGCUGUCUACUUCAGCAAGGAAACAUCUAUGAACUCGGGCUGUUUUAUUUUAAAAGAAGAUUAAGCUUUUAGGAUUCUUCAAGUUAGGAUUGAGUAGAUGAUUAUUUGUUAAAAACAUAGGAUUAGUUAGUCUAAGAUUACAGAAUUUAGUAUUGAACUUCAGCAAUAAAGAAGUUGCAUUCUUGUUAACUCCUUCUCUUAUUGUCACUUCUCUCCAAAGAAGUAUUUUUUCCCAUACCGGUUGGGGGAUGGGCCAAUUAAAUCUACUUUCUAAAAAAACCACUAAUUUUACCCUAAACCAACCAUUUUUGGCACCCAAUGUGAGGCCCAAGAAAGAAGAAAAACCUGUAAUGAUUGCAUUUUGGUUGUGCUUACUCUGUAGUGGCACAAAGCAGUCAGUAACGAUGUUACUUGAAGUGGUAAUGUCUCUCGGGGUGGGGGCCUUCAUGUAUUUCUAGUCCCAAGGCUUUUUUGAAGUUGUAAUAACUUUCUAGGCACUAGGAUUAUUUUCUUAUCUGAAAACAGCUCCACUAUUGUUCUAAUCCAUAGCUUUUCCAGUAGAGGGGCAUGGGUUUGAAUAGCUAUUGUGCUAGGCUCAGUAAUAAUAAUUUAUAGGGAGUUUACAAAAGUACUGAAGUCUGUUCAAGAUAUAUUUGGUUUAUAGUUUCUCCAUCCUACCCUAUGUCCCAGUUCCAGUAGCAUGUUUUGGGGGUUUAUUAGAAAUUACACACAGUUUAUUAGAUGAAAAACAAGGGAUGAAUCUUUCCAGCCUUUCCUUUCCUUCUUCUCCUUUGAAUCUGUUAAGUCUCUUUUUGAAAAGGUUCAGUUUCCCCUGAAUGUUAAAGAGACCACUUUCCUCGUAUUUAAUCUAGUAAACUUCCUCUAUAUAGUCUACAGCUCCUCUAGACUGAGGGCUAAGAUGUCCAGAGUAUAAUAAAUAAAAAGGUCUUUGCUCAUCAAAACGAGCAUUGAAAGAGAUAAGAAUUUGAACUGAGUAGGGAAUCUCAAGAUGUGUGAGGUGAAAGAGAAAGGUGGGGAAACAGCAAGUAUUCUGCUUAAGAAUUGUGCAGAUGCAAGUAGCAUAGCAGACUGUGUAACUAAUUAUAUACAAGUUAACUUUUAGGCCAAGGACAAUCUGCAAGGAAGAUGAGGAGCCUUCAUUCCUAUGACCACCAAGGGCAGAAAAAAGACCCCCUAGCACCCAAUUGCACCGGCGCAGAGUGCAUCGACAGAAAAUACAUCAACUGGAAAAAAAAAGGGACUAUAAAAACAAAAAGGUCAAAGGGGGAAGGUGCGCCGUGGCAGAGCAGAGACUCCCCGGCCGCCCAGCGUUGUUCUUUUGCUUAAUACUGCUUGCUUAAUAAAUUCUUGUUAAUUGAUUUAUCUAUAA